CAAAACAGUAACUGUUCGAAUUGUGGAAGGUUUCAAAAUGCCGCCUGGAAAAUCGCAAAAAAAAGUUCGCCCUUCCACGGCUUCGGGGGCAUUGGAAUCUCAUGAACUUGUUGAUUUACUAGAUGAACUAAGACCUUCAACUGCUCCGGGAAAAAACUUACUAGGACUCGAUCCUACAUACGUGACAUCCAGACACCAUGUUCCUGGUGUUCCAAUCACUUCGAAGUUCAGAGGAAGGCAAGUUUUUGGUGGUAUUCCCGAGAAUGAUCUCAAAGGAUCGCAUGGAAGAAGGGCUACUUUGGGUGGCUUAGAAGAUGUGGAAGAGCACGAAAAACCUAAAAGACCGACUACUGCCGUCGGAGUUUCAAAACAGAUUAAGCUUGAAGACAGAAUUACUUUGGACCAUUUGAAUAAGAUGAGACAAGCUUUUGAGGAAGCUGACUCUGAUGGUAAUGGAACAUUAGAUUUAGACGAGUUUAAAGAUGUCAUCACAAACUUGUUUCAUUUUAAAUUCAAGAAUGAAGACCAGGUUACAGCUCUUUUCAUGAAAAUAGACUCUUCAUCUGACGGUGAAAUAAAUUGGGACGAAUUUUGCACAUUCAUGCAACUUGAAUAUGCUGAAAAAGAGGAUUCAUACUUGCGAUCUAAAGAGACUGCUUUUACUCUGCCUGCAAUUAUUGCAAUGAGUGAAAACUCCAAUUCCUCUCAGAGAGAACAUGUGAUACGACUGUGCCAUACAGCAGACAACAACUUCCUUGUUGUUAGCAAGGAUGGUCUCGUUUCAUUUUGGUCUCAAAAUUUGGAGUUUAAAAGAAUGAAACAUGCAGUUCAUUUUGAAAGCUCAACAAAGAAGACAAAGUGGAUUACAGAUUUUGUACUCAUGCCUCAAUUUAACAAAUUUAUUAUUUCAACAGGGGAUAGGGAAAUUCAGUUUUUUGAAUUAUCAACAUUUGAGCCCUAUUGUCAAAUCACUGGUCUGGAGACAACUCCUCUUAGACUUGAUUAUUGUUCAACAGGACAAGAUGAAUGUAUUAUUCUUUAUGGAGACAGCCAGGGAUGUGUAAAUAUUUUCAUCAUGACCUCUGUAGGGGAGACAUUAAGAAAUUGGAAGAAGAUGCCAAAAGUUGAAGGGAUAGCUAGUGUAAAUAUAGAUAGUGUUGUGAAUUCGGAUAAUGCAAGGUUCACGUGUAUCAGGUGGAAAGUCCACGAAGACUGGGUCUCACAGCUGAAGUAUUAUGACUCUUUGAGAGCCGUCAUAUCUUGUUCAAAUCACCCUGAAACAGCUUUGGUUAUUGGUCAAACAAUGGGCAGCACCCAUGUAGAAUCUCAAUUAAAAGAUUCCACUGGUGCUUCAAAGAAAAUUCAAAAUUUCACUUCCCGUGAUCUGCAGCCAAGAAGGCGGGCGGACAGUGACCAGACAGUGUUCAAAGUGUACAAAGGAGUCAAAACAUUUGACUUCUGUAAAGAAAAAAAUGUCAUUAUAACUGGAGGAAUGGACAGGCUUGUGCGAAUGUGGAACCCUUACGUUCCAAGUAAACCGACUGGUCUUUUGAGAGGACAUACGGCGCCGAUUUUUCAUUUGUUUAUUUGUCCAGAAGAUGACAGAAUAUUCAGUAUAUCUACGGACAAAACUGUUAAGGUCUGGGAUCUCCAUGAUCACACGUGCCUGCUGACCGUACGACCUAAAGCACACAAGAUUAGAGGAGAUUUAGCGGCCAUUCAUUACAACUCCGCCAGUAGAGGUCUUGCUGUUGCCACAUCUGAGCAAAUAGCUCUUUUGCCUCUGAAGAACAGAAGUUCGUCAAAAGAUAUGAUAACUACUCACAAGGAGCCAGUGAUGUGUCUGAAAUACAACAAAAGCUUUAAACAUAUCGUCACAGCUUCGGAAAAUUCCGUGGUUAAAGUUUGGGAUUUGGAGACAGGCCGCUCAGUGUUUGAGUUUUCCCAAGCACAUGGAGAUCAAGCUGUCACAUGCAUGAGCUUUGACUCAACGGAAAGAAGAUUAAUAACUGGCGGAAGAGACGGCCGGCUUAGAAUAUGGAACUACAACAAUGGCCACUGUCUAAGAACACUAGAAAAAGGGAGUGACGUGGACGAAGUGGCAGAUUUAACAUACUUAGUUCUGAAUAAAAACAGAUAUAUCAUCUCCGUCGGUUGGGACAGAAGAGUAAACCUGUUUUCCGAUGAUAAUGAAGAUUUCCAUCAUGUGCAGCAUCCAUAUGCCUACUGGAAAGACGACCUGGUCAACGGCCAUAAAGAGGAUAUACUAUCCAUUGCAGUUAGUCCACCAAACCUCCUGGCAACUUCCAGUUAUGAUGGCGAGAUUAUCAUCUGGAAUCAGAUUUCGGGGCAUAUAUUUUGCCACUUAUUUUCACCCUUUGCGACCAGAGAGAACGGAGUCAAUCUGUCUUCUGAGGACUUGGAUGGAGGGAAUGCUGUUAGUAAGAUAAUAUUCUUGAAAGCAAGAGCAAUGAAGAAAGACGCCGCCACUCUGGUGGCCAGUGGACCACAAGGACUGAUUCACUUUUGGAAUAUUUACACUGGUGGCACACUUUACGCUACGUUUUCUCCGUCCAAGCAUGGUGUUACCACUUUGACUUCGGUUUCAAACGAUACCAAACUCAUUACUGCGGAUUCAGCAGGUUUCAUCUCAGUCUGGAAUGUAGAGGAUUACGGUAUAAGAGGAAAAACAGCUAAACCCCCAGAACGUCUGUUCUUUUGGCGUGCACAUGUGCAAAGCAUCACCAGCCUUGAAGCACUAGAAAUAUGGAAUGUUGACGUCUUAAUGACAGCGUCUGUUGACUGCACUGUCAGACUGUGGACUAUGGAUGGACAUUUUAUUGGUACUCUAGGUCAGCCCAAAAUAUGGGACAUAACAAAUCCUGCGUCUUACCAACAUCCAAUGGCUCCUUAUGAUGUGCUGGUGGAUCCCCAAACUGUACCUAAUGUCCCCAAAAUAAACCAUCCUGACGAACUCGCUUCAAAAGAUGACUACAAAGAAUUAGACAAAGCAAAUGAGUUGGAUUCUCAGUCUGUACCGUAUUUCUCCAGUUCUCAUGGGAAAGAUCCGCUGGUAUUGCGUCAUGAAAGGCUGAAGAAAGUUCCUAGAGAUGUUGGCGGACCAAGUGCUUAUCAAACUCUGACGUGCUUUGAACUAGAAGACACGCCUGCUCUCCCCAACCCUCCCUCGUCUUCGUCUAUCGACGACCCAUUUGAUAUCAGAACAUAAACAAUUUACAAAGCGAGAAGUGACCAGCUUGUAUCUGACUGCAAUGUAGGGGAUUAACAUUUUUGGCUAUUUUUUCUAAAAUAGAAUGGUUGGUCUUUUUAUUGCAAUGAAAAUAUGAGAAACUCAUCUUUAAAUUUUCUAAGUAUCUGCUUUUUUGUCAUUUAAAAUUUUGUGUCCCAAAUACGACCCAAAUCUUUGUACAUCUAGAAAUUGAUAGUAUUUAUUUUGACAAAUUGCAUGCAAAUCCGCGUAACUACGUACACAAUAUCUUGUUAGAGACUCGCAUAACUGAAAGCUUUGUGGACGCAAGUACUUUCAGUCAACGUGACUCUGACGUUUAAAUCGAGUUCUCGACUCACGUCACGUUAUUUUAUUGUGCCGUUAUACGUGUAUCAGUAGUCAAAUUACUUCCUCGUUCAAAUUUUGUUGUCAUGACUGUCUUAAAGAAUUUUAACUUAAAACUCUCCACAAUUGAAAAUACUGACAACGCUUGCACAAGAGAACAAAUAUAAUACAUUAGGAUUCGCAGUCCAUAGAAGCAGUGUGAAGUGCAUUUUGCGAAUUUUUAUUUAAAUGCAUGCACAAUACUGCCCAGAUGCUCGUAAUUUAUAGGUAAACAGUACUCGAGUGUGAAGUGUGAAGUUUGACGAAAUUUCCAAGAUUGUUAAAUGGGAUAACAAUAUUAAUUUGAAUUUUUGAAAAUUGCCCGAUUAAGCUUAGCGUGUAAAAUUUUAAACCAGGUAGCUCAGAAUCUGCAGGGGUUUUUAUCUAUUUUGAGCGUAUAUAUUAUCUUUGUUUCUAUAUUCACGGGCACGAUAGUAUUUAUAAUAAGUAAUUUUAAUAAGAAUAAAUGCGAUGAAUCGCUGGACGGGAAGCGUACUGUAAAUAAGUAAAUCAGGGAAUAUUCCGAGCUGUAACUCUAUCCGCAAAACUUGUAAAAUUUGAAAAAAAAUAUUAAAUUCCUAUCA